UUUCCAGAGCCAGACAACAAAAGAAUAUACACUUUUAGUUUCAUCAAAGACGAAGCUGCACUAGAAAUGGAGUUGGAUCUUGAUCUCUCUCUUUCACCUCAUACUAAUUCUUCAAAAUUCGGGUUUUGCUUUGACCUCAACAAGCAUUGCGCGACUGAGGGAAUGCUUGUUGAGGUCGUUCACUACGAGAAAACGAAACAAACGCGUUUUGAGUCGAUGUUUUGGUUGGACAAUAUGGAAGAAGAUUGUUAUGUACCAAAACCAUGUUCGUUUUCUUUGAAUGGCCAGCCAGACGAGGAAGAUGAAGAUCCUUUGGAAUCCGACUCUACUAUUGUUGACGAUGAGGAGGAAGAUGGCGAAGUCGUGGGGUGGCCACCAAUAAAGUCAUGUAUGACAAAGUAUCAUAAUUACCGUCAUAGUCGUAAUCACCCAUAUCACCAUCAUGGUAGGAGGAUCAACAUACCUAAUCCUACGGCUACAAUUAUCGGACUUAGACCGUCAUCGUCAUCAACAUCAUCACCGAGAUCAUCAAUGUAUGUUAAGGUGAAGAUGGAUGGUGUCGCAAUAGCUAGAAAGGUGGACAUCAAGCUUUUCAACUCUUACGAGUCUCUCACUAACUUCUUGAUCACCAUGUUUACUCAAUACCAAAAUUGUGAUAGAGAAGAUACAAGUUACAAAUUCACCUUCCAGGGGAAAGAGGGCGACUGGCUAUUACUAGGGGAUGUUCCAUGGAAGAUCUUUGCUGAGUCUGUUCAUCGAAUAUCAAUAAUUAGAGAUUGCCCGUGUGCAUACACACGGCUGUUGUUCUAAAAAUAACUCUUUCAAAGUAAUUAUUAUUUUGUAAUUAAAAUGUCUACAUUAUCAGAUUUCCACUCGAUUUAUCUGCCUCUAGUAUCACUUAUUAUGAAUUAUGGCUAAACAUGCACGGAAGGGUAAUGACAUUUCCUUUAUAAGAAUUCAGUGAUCUACUUAAGGAUCAGGCUCGGCAACUAAAUAAGCUUUUAGACAUUAUUACAUCAAUCCUUUGUUGCAUUUGAAAUUUAAUAGACUUGUUUACUUCAAAAACAAGAAAAAAAAAGAAAGAGAAACAUAAACUGUGAUGAUGAUUGCUACGCUGCUUCUUUUAUCAUACCACCUCCUUCGUAUGUGCAAAUGGCUGAGAUGGACAAAAAGCAAUACUAUUGACUCAAGAGAAGCAGUUGUGGCAGCAAUUUCAGCAAGAAGGGAUGAGAGGUCAAGCUAGUUUGGCUAAGACGAGUCCGGUUCUAACCGCAAUGCCUUAUGGAAUGCUACCGGUUAAUGGGAUUGGACAUCCACCGAUGGAGUAUUAUUACAACAACCCGUACUGAUUCACUUUUGUUCUUUUCUUACAUAAAUAUAUUUCGACCAAUAUAAUAGA